AUGCAUCUCCAAGAUCCAAUCUUGACUCGCGUCAAUGGCAUUCCCGCCGAGCAUCUACAGCCCGUGGGUCGCGUGGUUGCCAUCAUCAAGGCACCGCCUCCGGAAGAGCGUCUCUUUGCUGGCUUUCUCAAACGGCGCGAUCAAGACCAAGAUUUUCUCCUUUUUUCUCCCAAGGACAGUCGCGUUCCACGCAUGCGGGUGCCUGCCCACAGCGUGCCCGACGAAGUCGAUGAUAAAAUGCUGGUUAUUGUGUCUUUUGAAGAAUGGACUGCCAAGUCACGCUUUGCCCGUGGUAGCUUCAAGCGUGUCCUGGGUCAGGCUGGCACCAUUGACGCCGAGACUCAGGCCAUUCUUAUGGAGUACAAGAUUCCAUUUGAAGACUUUAAGCCACACGUUUUGAAGUGUCUACCCAAAGUAGACGAGAAACACCCCUUUGUGAUCCCCGAUGACGAGAUUGCCAAGCGCCGUGAUUUGCGCGACGUGCGCAUUUUUACCAUCGACCCAUCAACUGCACGUGAUUUGGAUGAUGCCCUGCAUUGCACGCAACUACCGGACGGCAACUUUGAGAUGGGCGUACACAUUGCGGAUGUCUCAUACUUUGUCGAGCCCAAUACGCCCUUGGAUGAGGAGGCUGAAUUCCGUGCCACUUCAACGUAUUUGGUCCAAAGUGUCUAUCCAAUGCUGCCCCGCCUUUUGUGCGAAGGCCUUUGCAGUCUCAACCCCGAUGAAGAUCGGCUAGCCUUUAGUGUGAUCUGGGUUCUGGACCCUGAAGGCAAUCGCAAGUCAACAUGGUUCGGCCGAACCGUCAUCCGCUCGCGCUGCAAACUGGCCUACGAUCAUGCCCAGCUCUUCAUUGAUGAUGAAAGCAAGGAGUGGAAUGACGUUGAGUUUCCUCGCCUGUCCGCUGACACGCAAGGCGCAGAUGUCAAGGCCGACGUUCUCCGCAUGAACCACAUUGCACAGCAGAUGCGCGACCGUCGCUUCGCCAAUGGUGCACUACGUCUCAACAAGACCAAGCUUUCCUUUCGCCUGGGAGAGGACAUGCUACCCGUCGAGACCUGGCCUUAUGUGCAGCGCGCUGCCAAUCAGCUUGUAGAGGAGUUUAUGUUGUUGGCGAACAUUUCCGUGGCGGAGUGCAUUGCCAAGGCGUUUCCACAAUGCGCACUGUUGCGUCGCCAUCCUGAGCCUUUUACCAGCCGCCUUGAGGAGGUGGCGGCCCGCUUUCAGAGGGUUGGUAUUCCCUUGGAUACCGGCUCGUCUGGCGAUAUCGCCGCAUCCAUUCGUGCGUAUCAGGAAAAUGAGCAAGAUCAAGGCCGCGUCGAGGUCAUGCAGCUUUUGCUUACCAUGGCCAUGCAACAAGCUGUCUACUUCUCAACUGGGGACUCAAAGCUGGAGCAAUCAGACUGGAAGCACUAUGCGCUGGCCACUCCCAUGUACACCCAUUUCACCUCCCCAAUUCGGCGUUACGCCGAUGUGGUGGUGCACCGUCUGCUCUUGGCUGCACUUGAGAACAAGGAAACCUUUUACGAGCACGACAAGGUUCAGAAGGCAGCUGAUCGCUGCAACGAGCGCAAGCUCAACGCCAAAGAAGCCGGCAACAAGUCCAUCGAUAUUUUCAAAAACGUCAUGGUCUAUCACCACGGUCCUUUUGAGGAGCCUGCCAUCGUCUAUCGCGUUCAGGAUCGCAGUAUGGAUGUUCUUGUUUUGCGUCUCGGCUUGGAGGUGAGUCGGGGUUGCGUGCCACCUCAUUGA